AGUAUGGCGCUCACCACCUAAAUAUUAUACUAUUCAACGUGCAGAUUUAUAUCACACUGACUUUUGUCGGUUUCCGGGGCAUUUGGCCAAUCAACGGCUCUGAUUUAUUUCCAUCAGCGAUCUUCUUUUGGCUUUAAAAGCGUUUCAAGUUUCAACUCAGCCAACCACUUCUCACUCUCUCCUCCUUUGGAGGGACUCCUUUGGUUACUCAUUCUGAUUUCUGAAAACAAAACCUAAUCUGCGAUUGAUCUCAUCCAAAAGAUGCUAUUAAGAAGUUCAUCAAGUCCUUUAUUGAAUUCAUGGGUACCAAUCUCGUGCGGGUCGUCGCCGGAAUCAGACAAGAUGCUACCAAUACAGACGCCGCAAUUGAUUAGGACUGGAUCUCAUUCUAUGUCUACGUCGUUUGGUCAUGAUGAAUCUCCGACCAAACAUUCAUCCAGCCGGUGCAUGCGCGAAUCGGACCUCCGAGAUCCAGCUGUACUUCCAAAGAAGAACAAAAACGGGUCAAAGAAGCCGAAGCCGGCGAAGCUAAAAGAGAGAGAAGUGGGUUCGACAGAGGUGAGGAGAUUGUUGUCGAAUUCCGGAUUGGGAAAGGCGGAGGAGGAGACUUCUGCUGCGGCUGUUGAGGAAAAAGGGAGGGUGUUGCAGUCGCUAGUGGCGGGCGGUGCAGGUGGAGGCGGCGGAGGUAGAGUUUGCGGUGGAGGUGGCAGCGGCGGGUCACGUGAUGGGGAUGGACCGGAUUCUCAAGAUUCAAAUAGUUGGCAUGGACAUGAGAGUACGGAGGCUUAUUACCAGAAAAUGAUCGAAGCCAAUCCAGGAAAUGGUCUCCUUCUGGCCAAUUAUGCCAGAUUCUUGAAAGAGGUUAAGGGGGAUUUAGAAAAAGCUGAGGAGUACUGCGGAAGAGCAAUAUUAGCAAAUCCAAAUGAUGGUAAUGUGUUGUCACUCUACGCUGAUCUAAUAUGGCAAACCCAAAAUGACGCAGGUCGUGCCCACACAUACUUUGAUCAAGCCGUGAAAUCUGACCCUGAUGACUGCUAUGUGCUGGCCUCGUAUGCUAGAUUCCUGUGGGAUGCUGAAGAAGAGGACGAGAACGAGGAAGAAGAGGUAAGCGAGGGAAGUAGGCAAUUUGAAAUUCAGAAUGGAAAUUCAGCAGCAACCCAGAACUACUUUGGUGCACCAUCUCAUCGACCUCCCUUGACUGCUGCUUCUUAGUUUUGCAGUCUGUUCUUUUGUUAAUCACACUCUGGAGCAAAUAGUUUAGAUAACUAGUACUACUAUAUAAGUAGCUAAGAAAUAGAUUACUCUCGAGUUUCGACUAUGAAGAGUUCUCUUCCUGUCUCUUUUACAAGCACUAAUAAAACUAGAGUUCUGACUAAUUAUAAUUUUGUGAUGUCUGUUAACUGAGUAGUAUCAUUUGUACCCUUCGUUACUCUGAAAUAAAGCAUAAAGCUAGUUGUUCUGUA